CAAAAUGUAGAAGAGAACCAUUGGAUAUAAUGGCAUAUAAAGAUUCUGCUUGUUCACAGGAGAUUGUAUUGGACCUGGAAGUAAUGGGUGAGGAUGAGACGAGUUUCCGGGAACACAUCAAUGCCAUCACCCUGGAGUUGCGUAAAAGCAAUCCCAGUUACUCUGAGGUCAAGAACCGGAUGAAGCGCACUCUUUUCAAAAGAGUACAGCUUAUGGACAGGCCUGCCGCUGAAGUAAUGGAGCAGUUUCCUUUUCUUGGAGUGCCACAGCUUAUGCUGCAUGAAAUGACAAUGAGGUUUGGAACAGACUUGGCAAAGAACAUGGAAACAUCUCUGAAUGAAAUGGCCCCAAACAUCAUCAGGAGUGCAAAAGAAGGAAGUAAAAAAAAACUCUACGCCAAUCUCAUUGGACCAUCAGAGGAAAUCACAGAAGGUCUCGUUAGGAAUGCUGCACUCAUUUUAUUGCCAGCACUUUUUAAAGAAAACGCCAGCUUCCUCUACUGUGUAGAUAGUGAACCCAAAGGUCCUACACCAACCAUUGUGUUUAACGGCUCUCCUGAUCCCUUCAAGGCUGAAAGCGUCAGCAUUAUAAUGGACAAUGUGAACAUCAUAAGAGAGGCAGACAUCGACAUGACACAGGCUGUGGAAUGCCUGUUUGCAAUCUAUUUUCUUUUCAAUGUGCAGUACCCGGUUGACAUCAAGCACACAAUGACUUUUAUUCAAAAAUAUAUGCUUAAACUAAGACAAGAGCAUGACACAAGAACACCAAUACCUGUACUGAAAAUGUACAGUCAACUUGUGUGAA